AUUUAGUUGGCUUACGGCAGCGGUACGUGCUGCAUGCGUGCGGUCGGUUCGAAAUUCUGAAUAAAAAUAUUUCCCUUAAAAGCAAAUAUCUCAAGGAAAAGUGUGCCACUCUCUGAUAUAGCAAAGAAGAAUCAUCUAAGUCAGGAUGUAUUUACCAUACUCCCAAUUGCCGGAUCCUACGGAUAAAUUCGAGAUCUACGAGGAGAUAGCCCAGGGUGUCAAUGCGAAGGUUUUUCGGGCCAAGGAGCUGGAUAAUGAUCGAAUAGUGGCCCUGAAGAUCCAGCACUACGAUGAGGAGCACCAGGUGUCCAUCGAAGAGGAGUAUCGCACUCUGCGGGAUUACUGCGACCAUCCCAAUCUUCCUGAAUUUUAUGGCGUGUACAAGCUAUCGAAGCCAAAUGGACCCGAUGAGAUCUGGUUUGUCAUGGAGUACUGCUCGGGAGGAACAGCCGUGGAUAUGGUGAACAAGCUCCUGAAACUGGACCGUCGGAUGCGGGAGGAGCACAUUGCCUAUAUCAUCCGGGAGACUUGCCGUGCAGCCAUCGAACUAAACCGUAAUCAUGUCCUGCAUCGGGACAUUCGCGGUGAUAACAUCUUGUUGACCAAAAAUGGAAGAGUUAAGCUCUGCGAUUUCGGAUUAUCCCGUCAGGUGGACUCUACUCUGGGAAAGAGGGGCACCUGCAUUGGCUCGCCCUGUUGGAUGGCACCCGAAGUGGUGUCCGCCAUGGAGUCCCGAGAACCGGACAUUACCGUUCGUGCCGAUGUCUGGGCCUUGGGAAUUACCACCAUCGAACUGGCUGAUGGAAAGCCCCCGUUCGCUGACAUGCAUCCCACUAGAGCCAUGUUCCAGAUCAUUCGCAAUCCUCCGCCGACUCUUAUGCGACCCACAAAUUGGUCGCAGCAGAUCAACGAUUUCAUCGCCGAGAGUCUGGAGAAGAAUGCCGAGAAUCGUCCCAUGAUGGUGGAGAUGGUGGAGCAUCCAUUUCUCACCGAACUCAUUGAAAACGAGGACGAGAUGCGUUCGGACAUCUCGGAGAUGCUGGAACUCUCCAGAGAUGUGAAAACUUUGUACAAGGAGCCGGAAUUAUUCGUGGACCGCGGCUAUGUCAAGAGAUUUGAUGAGAAGCCGGAGAGGAUGUACCCGGAGGACUUGGCUGCCUUGGAAAAUCCAGUGGAUGAGAACAUUAUCGAAUCACUGCGUCAUCGCAUUUUGAUGGGAGAAUCCUAUAGUUUCAUUGGAGAUAUCUUGUUGUCCUUGAAUUCCAAUGAAAUCAAAGAGGAAUUUCCCCAGAGGUGAUUCCAUGCCAAGUACCGCUUCAAGUCGCGUUCGGAGAAUCAGCCGCAUAUCUUCUCGGUGGCCGACAUCGCCUACCAGGACAUGCUGCAUCAUAAGGAGCCACAGCACAUUGUGCUCUCUGGGGAAAGUUACUCGGGCAAAUCUACUAAUGCCCGUUUGCUGAUCAAGCACCUGUGCUACCUGGGCGAUGGAAAUCGUGGGGCCACUGGUCGUGUUGAGAGCUCCAUCAAGGCCAUUCUGAUGCUAGUGAAUGCAGGAACUCCGGUGAACAACGACUCCACCAGAUGUGUUCUACAAUACUGUUUGACUUUCGGAAAAACUGGCAAGAUGAGCGGAGCUGUUUUUAAUAUGUACAUGCUGGAAAAGCUGCGAGUGGCCACCACGGAUGGACAGCACAACUUCCACAUUUUCUACUACUUCUACGACUUCAUCAAUCAGCAGAAUCAGCUCAAGGAGUACAACCUGAAGGCUGAAAGGAAUUAUCGCUACUUGCGGGUUCCACCAGAGGUUCCACCAUCGAAACUGAAGUAUCGUCGUGAUGACCCCGAGGGCAAUGUGGAGAAGUUCAGGGAGUUUGAGAACAUUUUGAGGGACAUUGACUUCAAUCACAAGCAACUGGAGACCGUUCGUAAGGUGCUGUCUGCCAUUUUGAAUAUCGGCAACAUCCGUUUCCGGCAGAACGGAAAGUUUGCGGAAGUGGAGAACACCGACAUUGUCUCCCGAAUUGCUGAGCUAUUGCGGGUGGAUGAGAAGAAGUUCAUGUGGUCCCUGACCAAUUUCAUCAUGGUCAAGGGCGGCAUCGCCGAGAGGCGUCAGUAUACUACUGAAGAGGCUAGAGAUGCCCGCGAUGCGGUGGCCAGCACCCUCUACUCCCGAUUGGUGGACUUCAUCAUCAACAGAAUCAACAUGAACAUGUCCUUCCCAAGGGCUGUGUUUGGCGACACCAAUGCCAUUAUCAUCCAUGACAUGUUCGGUUUCGAGUGCUUCAAUCGCAAUGGUCUGGAGCAGCUGAUGAUAAACACUCUAAACGAGCAGAUGCAAUACCAUUAUAAUCAGCGCAUUUUUAUCAGUGAAAUGCUGGAAAUGGAGGCUGAGGACAUUGAUACCAUCAACCUGAAUUUCUAUGACAACAAGACAGCUCUGGAUAACUUGCUGACCAAACCGGAUGGCUUGUUCUACAUCAUCGAUGAUGCCUCACGUUCUUGCCAAGAUCAGGAUUUGAUUAUGGAUCGUGUUUCGGAGAAGCACAGCCAGUUUGUGAAGAAGCACACUGCCACUGAGAUAUCCGUGGCUCAUUACACGGGCCGCAUCAUCUACGACACGCGCGCCUUUACCGACAUCAAUCGGGACUUCGUUCCCCCGGAGAUGAUCGAGACCUUCCGCUCCUCGCUGGAUGAGAGCAUCAUGCUCAUGUUCACCAAUCAACUGACCAAGGCUGGCAAUCUCACGAUGCCAUUUGAGGCGGUCCAGCAUAAGGAUGAAACGGAGAGGAGGUCUUAUGCUUUGAACACUCUGAGUGCCGGCUGCAUCUCCCAGGUGAAUAAUCUCCGUACUUUGGCGGCCAACUUCCGCUUCACCUGCCUGACCCUGCUCAAAAUGCUAAGCCAGAAUGCGAAUCUCGGCGUGCACUUUGUCCGCUGCAUACGCGCUGAUCUGGAGUACAAGCCCAGAGCUUUCCACUCGGAUGUCGUUCAGCAACAGAUGAAGGCCCUGGGUGUCCUGGACACUGUCAUCGCCCGGCAGAGGGGCUUCAGUUCACGACUGCCCUUCGAGGAGUUCUUAAGGCGAUACCAAUUCCUUGCUUUUGACUUCGAUGAGCCUGUGGAAAUGACCAAGGAUAACUGUCGUCUUUUGUUUUUGCGUCUCAAGAUGGAAGGCUGGUCCUUGGGCAAGACCAAGGUUUUCUUACGCUACUACAAUGAUGAGUUUUUGGCCAGACUGUACGAGCUGCAGGUGAAGAAGGUCAUCAAGGUGCAGUCUAUGAUGCGAGCCCUUCUAGCACGAAAACGCGUCAAAGGCGGCAAGGUGUUCAAAUUGGGCAAAAAGGGACAGGAGCAACACGAUGUGGCCGCGUCCAAAAUACAAAAAGCCUUUAGGGGAUUCCGCGACCGGGUACGUCUCCCUCCGCUCGUCAACGAGAAGUCCGGCCAGCUGAACGAGAACACCGCCGACUUUAUCCGCCCGUUUGCCAAGAAGUGGCGCGAGAAGUCUAUUUUCCAGGUCUUACUGCACUACAGGGCGGCUCGCUUCCAGGACUUUGUCAAUCUCUCACAGCAGGUCCACAUCUACAACCAAAGAAUGGUGGCUGGCUUAAAUAAAUGCACCAGGGCUGUGCCCUUCGAGAGGAUCAACAUGCGCGAAGUGAACUCCUCGCAGCUAGGACCACUGCCAGUGCCCAUAAAGAAAAUGCCCUUCCGCCUGGACCAGAUUCCCUUCUACGACACCCAGUACAUGGUGGACCCGGCUAACUCGAUUUCCCGCCAGACAUUUCCCAAUCAGUUGCUAACACAGCACAUGGAGGAUGAUGAGCCCUGGGACAGUCCACUGCAGCGCAAUCCCUCGAUGACUUCGUGUGCCCUGACCUACAAUGCGUAUAAGAAGGAGCAGGCUUGCCAGACCAACUGGGAUCGCAUGGGCGAGAGUGACAAUAUCUACAAUCAGGGCUACUUCCGAGACCCCCAGCAGCUAAGGAGAAACCAAAUGCAGAUGAACAUGAAUGCCUAUAACAAUGCCUACAACAGCUACAGCAGCAACUAUAACAACCAGAACUGGGGGGUCCAUCGAUCCGGAUCCAGACGCAACUCUUUGAAGGGCUAUGCGGCGCCUCCUCCUCCUCCACCGCCUAUGCCCUCAUCCAACUACUAUCGCAAUAACCCCAACCAGCAGCAGCGCAACUAUCAGCAAAGAUCCUCGUAUCCACCAUCGGAUCCAGUGAGGGAACUACAGAACAUGGCUCGCAACGAGGGAGAUAACUCCGAGGAUCCUCCCUUCAACUUCAAGGCCAUGCUGCGUAAGACAAACUAUCCAAGAGGAUCCGAGACUAGCACCUAUGACUUCAACAAUCGUCGGGGCUCGGACAGCGGUCAGCAACACACGUUCCAGGCGCCAAAGCUACGAUCAACAGGUCGUCGGUUCCAGGAAGAUGAAGGCUAUAACUCAUCAUCGGGCAACUAUGGGGUGUCUAGGAACUUUGGCCAGCAGCAAAGGGCUCCGACAUUGAGGCAAUCACCUGCCAGUGUGGGUCGCAGCUUCGAGGACAGCAAUGCCAGGUCGUUUGAGGAGGCAGGAUCCUAUGUUGAAGAGGAGAUCGCACCGGGAGUGACCCUAUCCGGCUAUGCCGUGGAUAUCUAAAAUUAAUUGAUAAGAAUUUAAAGAUUAUAGUUAAAUGUUAUGCAGUGCGUUAAGACAAUUGAGAAAACCAACCCACCUGAAAUUCCGCAACACAACUCUUUUUCUUCAUAACAUUCUGUCAAAAAUGUUUCAUAAAAUGAAAUAAAUAAAUUAUCUUGAGUUAAAAUUA